CGCUAUAACUGGUUGACAAGACGAAGAAGCUAAAGCGGUUUGCGUCAACAAUUAAGCUCCUCAAUCUUAAAAAAAGAAGAAGAAACAAACAAACAAAUAAGUGAAUUCUUUAUUUUGUUUGCACGUGGAAUGUCUUAAGGGCUCUCUGUCUGAGUAGGAGUAAAGGUGUAUUUCUCAACAGUGGGAUGGGUGCAAACACACUUCUGAAGCAUGAGGAGAAACCAGAGGCCCUGAUUACAAGCGGUGACUAUUCACACUCCUUUACAACAUUUACAUAGAGAAACACAGGGUUGUUUGUCACAUCUGUUUAAUCAAACCUAAAUGUAUUGUUGAAUUGAAUUUCAAACUGAGGUUAUCUGCACCGACCAGACGUAGCAUUAUGACCACUUGCCUAAUAUUGUGUUGGUCCCCCUUUUGCCCCCAAAACAGCCCUGACCUGUGAUGCACUGUGUAUUCUGACACCUUUCUAUCAGAACCAGCAUUAACUUUUUAAGCAAUUUGAGCAACAGUAGCUCGUCUGUUGGAUCGGAUCACAUGGGCCAGUCUUUGCUCCACACAUGCAUCAGUGAGCCUUGACCGCCCAUGACCCUGUCGCCGGUUCAUCACUGUUCCUUCCUUGGACCACUUUUGAUAGAUACUGACCACUGCAGACCAGGAACACUCCACAAGAGCUGCAGUUUUGGAGAUGCUCUGAUCCAGUCGUCUAACCAUCACAAUUUGGUCCUUGUCAAACUCGCUCAAAUCCUUACACUUGCCCAUUUUUCCUGCUUCUAACACAUCAACUUUGAGGACAAAAUGUUCACUUGCUACCUAAUAUAUCCCACCCACUAACAGGUGCCAUGAUGAGGAGAUAAUCAGUGUUAUUCAUGGUGCCUGUCAGUGGUCAUAAUGUUAUGCCUGAUCAUGUGUAUUUUCUUUUGGUUUCCCUUCCAGACAUCUGGUGGUUCUGGUGUUCUGCUCCUCACAGCCAGUUCCUACAGAUUAAACACGUCUAUAAACAAUGCUGUGAGGAAAAAGCUUAAUCAUGACACCCAUAGCGAUCUCUUGUAGUCAGGAGAUAUCAUCUCUCCAUCUUAAUACUUCUGAUGGUCAAAUGCAGGAAGAUAUUAAGUGUGAGGCAAGUUUUACUCAAGAGAGCAUGCUCCAGAGCUACCAAAGCCUCCAGACAAGAGAGAAAAGGCAUCACUGCUCACACUGUGGCAAGAGUUUUAAUCGUCAGAGUCACCUACUGACACACGAGCGUGUUCACACGGGAGAGCGGCCGUAUCAGUGCUCGCAGUGCGGGAAGAGCUUCACUCAGCGGAGCAAUCUUCAUCUUCACCAGCGCAUUCACACCGGAGAGAAGCCGCAUCACUGCUCAGAGUGCGGGAAGAGCUUCACCCUGCGCAGUCACCUGCGAAUGCACCACGUGGUACACACGCGAGAGCGGCCGUACCAGUGCUUGCAGUGUGGCAACAGUUUCAGCCAGCCGAAUCACCUCCGACUGCACCAGCGCAUCCACACAGGAGAGAAGCCAUACCUGUGCUCCGAGUGCGGCAAGACCUUCAGUCAGCAGAGUCACCUCCGGAUACACCAGCGCAUCCACACAGGGGAGAGGCCGUACCGCUGCUCGCAGUGUGGACGGAGCUUCACUCAUCAGAGUCAUCUCCAGCGACACCAGCUCAUUCACAGCGGCGUAAAGCCGUAUAACUGCCUGCACUGUGGAAAGAGUUUCACACACGGGAGCACGUUGCAGGCACAUCAGCGCAUCCAUACGGGAGAGAAGCCUUAUUACUGCUCAGUGUGUGGACGCAAUUUCACUUAUUUAAGUAACUUACAGAGACACAAGUGCAAGAGUCAGUUAACAUGAUCCAUACACUUUACAGGAAACUUUUGUUAUAUAACCGUUAGACUUGACGUUGUAUUGAAGGAAACAGUAAAUGUUUGCUUAAAGCUUGUGUUCUACAUGAAUAAGUGUCUGCAUACACUUUUUUUUCAUGUAAUUAAUAAUGAAAUGGAUGUGGUGAUAAAUUAUUAGCAAUUAUUUAUAUUUCAAUGAAGAAUAAAGACUACUAGCAUUAAAUGUACACUCUCUGGUGUCACCCAAAUGAGGAUGAGGUUCCCUUUUGAGUCUGGUCCCUCUCAAGGUUUCUUCCUCUUACCAUCUAAGGGAGUUUUUUCCUUGCCACAGUCGCUUCAGGCUUGCUCACUAGGGAUGAUUUUGUUUAACAUUAACCUUGGACUUUUGUGCUAUGUUUCUUAUGUUCUGUAAAUCUGCUUUGAGACAAUGUCCACUGUUAAAAGCACCAUACAAAUAAAAUUGAAUUUAAUUGAAAUGUAA